GAUAGACACGGGAUUUGAAGGUGUUGGUGAUUCGAGCGUCGGUCACGGCGCCAAGACCGACAACGAAUCUUACCAGGAAGGAAGACUCUGGAGGUCGUGGGAGGUCCGCGAGGUCGCGGAGGAGAUCGGAAAAGUGUUGUUCAGCCACGAGUCCAGGAUUCUCACCCCCAGUGGUGGUGCUGUCUCGCCCGGAGGCACUGGGCCUCCUGCGAGCCCACCAACCGGACACUAUCAUCCAACAACACAUAGUCCACCACUUCUCAAGAUUGGUUCAGUGCACACUCACCAGUCCCAAACACAUCAUUCGAAUUCGCAACGUCAGACAUCACCGCAGUCUCAAACUCCGGUGGCAGGAAGCGGUGCCAGCGGGGGGCCAGGUGCUACCCCAAGUGUUGCAGCUAGAGCGGGGGGCAUGUUCUGCUAUCAUUGCCCCCCGGGCUUACCAGCCCCGAGACUUCCACCCACCUUGGAAUACUCAUUUGCACCUACACAUCCUUACACAAGUUACUCAGCUUAUCAUCCAGCACUUCACGGAGUUGGCGAGGAUUCUUUUGUCCGUAGGAAGCAAAGGAGAAAUCGAACGACUUUUACACUGCAGCAAUUGGAAGAACUGGAAUCAGCAUUUGCUCAAACACACUAUCCAGAUGUGUUCACUCGUGAGGAUUUGGCGAUGAAAAUAAAUUUAACAGAAGCUAGGGUUCAGGUAUGGUUCCAAAAUCGACGAGCAAAAUGGCGCAAGAGCGAGAGACUAAAGGAGGAGCAGAGGAAACGUGAGGGUGGAAGCGUGCCUACAGGCAGUGGCGGUGGUGGAACAACGCCAGAGGGUGGACUGCCGCCAUCUUCGUCAAACGGGCCAAGUCCAACGAGUCAUCAUGAUGCUAUGGAAUCUAAUGAAGCUGAAGAGGUCCAACAGGAGUGUGGAACAGGCUCGAGGAGUCCCAGUACUACUUCUGCCUCUGUCAGUCCUCGUCCUCAGCAGUCUCAGAGUCAAGCCUCACUAGGAAGUGUUUCUACCCCACCACCAACACCAGUAAGAGCGGCACUGUCAUCGAAUUCGACUAAUAGUCUUAUUCCUCCCUCUGACAGCACCACGGUAACAGCAGGAUUUAGGCCGGUUGAACCUCCAACUUCGCUUUUCUUUUCCCCACAUCUGGCGGCCCAAUUUUCACCACCACUCUUUGGUAAUAAAAUCGUGGGAUCAACAGCAACAUCUCUGAGCACAGCGACACCAUCUUUAUGGACUAACAGUGAUCAUAGACCAAGUAGUCUUCAGGAGAUGCUUUCUUGGACUCCAACAUGGCCAGGAUCUCUGUGUGGUUGUUGUAAACCUGGUGCAGGUGAUCUACACCGAAAUAGUAGUCUUGCUGAGUUAAGAAGAAAGGCCCAAGAACACACAACAGCCACAGCACUUUUAGGAGGCUUAGCUGGUUUUCCUGGUGGACUGCCAUUACCUCUUCAUCUUCCACUACUUCCUCCACUUCUUGGAUUAUCACGAAGACCUGAGCAUCAUCAUAUAUCAAGUGUUGUGCAUCAGAUUCAACCGAGUACUAAAGAAGACCCUUAGAGCUUCCAUUUCUUGCCAUCUAAACCUUAUAGAUUUUAAUCAAAAUAUUUUCCUUUCAAUUCAGAGACGUUUCAUAAAUGGUCAGGAUUACUUUUGUGUGCCUGAUGAAGAUCUUUAUAAUAAGAUUGGUGUAUGAAAAAAUUAUUCAAGUGUUUACGUACAGUAAUGGAUAUAAAGAAUGAAUGAAAGGAUAAAAAAUAUAUUUAAAAAAAAAA